AUGCGCAGCCCUACGUCACACCCACCCUGGGCUCCGUCACACCCACCCUGGGCUCCGUCACACCCACCCUGGGCACCGUCACACCCACCCUGGGCUCCGUCACAUCCACCGUGGGCUCCGUCACACCCACCCUGCUCCGUCACACCCACCCUGGGCUCCGUCACACACCCACCCUGCUCCGUCACACCCACCCUGGCUCCGUCACACCCACCCUGGGCUCCGUCACACCCACCCUGCUCCGUCACACCCACCCUGGCUCCGUCACACCCACCCUGGGCUCCGUCACACCCACCCUGCUCCGUCACACCCACCCUGGCUCCGUCACACCCUGGGCUCCGUAACACCCACCCUGGGCUCCGUCACAUCCACCCUGGCUCCGUCACACCCUGGGCUCCGUCACACCCACCCUGGGCUCCGUCACACCCACCCUGGGCUCCGUCACACCCACCCUGGCUCCGUCACACCCUGGGCUCCGUAACACCCACCCUGGCUCCGUCACACCCACCCUGGGCUCCGUCACAUCCACCCUGGCUCCGUCACACCCACCCUGGGCUCCGUCACACCCUGGGCUCCAUCACACCCACCCUGGCUCCGUCACACCCACCCUGGCUCCGUCACACCCACCCUGGGCUCCGUCACAUCCACCCUGGCUCCGUCACACCCACCCUGGGCUCCGUCACACCCACCCUGGGCUCCGUCACACCCACCCUGGGCACCGUCACACCCACCCUGGCUCCGUCACACCCACCCUGGGCUCCGUCACAUCCACCCUGGGCUCCGUCACACCCACCCUGGCUCCGUCACACCCACCCUGGGCUCCGUCACAUCCACCCUGGGCUCCGUCACACCCACCCUGGGCUCCGUCACAUCCACCCUGGCUCCGUCACACCCACCCUGGCUCCGUCACACCCACCCAGGGCUCCGUCACACCCACCCUGGGCUCCGUCACACCCACCCUGGGCACCGUCACACCCACCCUGGCUCCGUCACACCCACCCUGGGCUCCGUCACACCCUGGGCUCCAUCACACCCACCCUGGCUCCGUCACACCCACCCUGGCUCCGUCACACCCACCCUGGGCUCCGUCACAUCCACCCUGGCUCCGUCACACCCACCCUGGGCUCCGUCACACCCACCCUGGGCUCCGUCACACCCACCCUGGGCACCGUCACACCCACCCUGGCUCCGUCACACCCACCCUGGGCUCCGUCACAUCCACCCUGGGCUCCGUCACACCCACCCUGGCUCCGUCACACCCACCCUGGGCUCCGUCACAUCCACCCUGGGCUCCGUCACACCCACCCUGGGCUCCGUCACAUCCACCCUGGCUCCGUCACACCCACCCUGGCUCCGUCACACCCACCCUGGGCUCCGUCACACCCACCCUGGGCUCCGUCACACCCACCCUGGGCACCGUCACACCCACCUGGCUCACACACCCACCCUGGGCUCCGUCACACCGGCUCGACACCCACCCUGGCUCCGUCACACCACCUGGCUCCGUCACAUCACCUGGCUCCGUCCCACCCUGGGCUCCGUCACACCCACCCUGGCUCCGUCACACCCCCUGGCUCCGUCACACCCACCCUGGCUCGUCACACCACCCUGGCUCCGUCACACUGGCUCCGCACUCACCUGGGCUCCGUCACAUGCACCCUGGGCUCCGUCACACCCACCCUGGCUCCGUCACACCCACCCUGGGCUCCGUCACAUCCACCCUGGGCUCCGUCUCACUGUGUGUUUGAGGAACUGUAA